GAUGAAAGCUAUUCCCUUUCUUGUUGUGAUUUUCAAUGCAACUGUUUGUUAUACUUUACAAAUUAACAGAAGAAUUAUUAAUGUUGCAUCUGUGGAGAAUGGAGCAACUUGUCAAGCCAGUUCUGUGCAUCCACCACUUUCUACAGUAGACUAUACAUGUCAGAAUGCCUUAGAACCACAAUGGAUAAAUGUUUGUGAUUGGUCAGCACAUUGUUCUGGUUUAGCAUGUACUGAACAUUGGAUUAAAAUAAAUUUUAAAAAAGUUUACGAGUUAAUUGGAAUUAGUCUUAGUCAAAGAACUGUAGUGGAUGAACAUAAAAUAAAAUCAGUAGAAAUUUCAUUCAACAACUCUACUUAUAAACCAGUUUACCAAGUUGAUACAGUUGGAAAUUGUCUCCUACUAGAAGAAAUUGGAUUACAAGCAUCCAGUAUAAGUUUGAGACCUGUUCCUCCUUAUUCUCUACUAUCAAACAUUGGUUUUAAUGAAAUUUUUGCGUAUGCCUAUGAGCAGGUCUCCAGUGCUAAAGAUGACAAUGAAGAAGAAUUUAUAAAUAUUGCUGAUUCUGCAUUAGGAGCUACUUGUGUAAGCAAUACUUCAAAAGAAAAUUAUCCAUGUGAUAAUGCUCUUAAUAGACUUAUGCCUAUUGAUUUCAUACUAAAAUGUGGAGCAAAUCAAUCACCUGUGACAUCAUGUGUAGGCAAAUAUAUAGAAAUAACAUUUGCAUUUCCAGCUGUACCACAAAUUAUUUGCUAUAAGAACAAAAGACAAAUUCAAAGUUUAAUAAAAGCUGUGAGUUUGUUAUGGAGUUCAGGGUUUGCUGAUGAAUUGAAUAAUUUGGCUCAGGAUAAUAUGUAUCAUUGCUUAACCUAUAAGCAUUUAAAAAUUGAGUCAUCAUUGAAAGUUACCAUAGCAGAUGUUUAUGGAAACAAUGAUGUUGGAUUCAAUCAUUUUAAAGUUUGUACAAAAAAAACUGAAGAGAAUAUACUCUGGAUUCAAGGUACAAAUUAUACAUUCUAUAGUCUACAAGAUAUAUACCAUGGAAAGUACAAUCUACAAUCCAUUAAGUUCAAGGUUAAAGAAACUAGUGAACCUUUUGUGGAUAUUGUUACAUUUGGUUUGUCACAAUCAUUAAUUCAAUGCAAUGAAUGGAGUAUAUUUUGGUUGGAUAUAAAUGACAAUGAAAUUAAUUAUGGUAAAGGAGAAACCUAUGGCAAAGAUAUAUUGGCAACUAUUCAAACAACACUUCAAAAAUGA